AUGGGGAUCGUAACAGGGAGCCACUCCGGAGGUGGGUCACUCCUUAAGUUGGGAGAAGACGAUGCAUUAGAGGUGAUUGAGAGGGUGGCCUCCAACGAUGAUGGGUGGAAGAAUGAGAGAAGCAAAACUUACCGGGUGGCGUCCGCAUCGGAUGUUGACAAGAUGGACAUGAUGUCCAAAGCCAACCGGGCUCGAAAGUUAAGAGGGGGUGGUAGCUUCAACAACUUUGGGAAUAAGGCACAUCCCAACUUGUCUUAUGGGAAUCCUCACAAUGACCUACAAUCACCUCCGGGGUUUCAAGUGUCGAAUGGACAAGUCGUUGAGCCAAAGAAGAAUGAGCUGGGAGAUGUCUUGUUGACGUUUAUGAAGCAGACAGGGGAAAUUCUGGCCAAUUCUGUUAAGAGACUGAAGCAGGCUGUGGGUAUUCAACAUCAACCUGGCCAGUUUCCCUCACAUACUAUUGUCAAUCCCAAGGACUGCAAGGAUUGCAAAGCCAUCAAUCUGAGGAAUGACAAAAGCUAUGAAGGUCCAACCAUGCCUGCAGAGAAGGAAAAGAUCUCGCAAGAAGAGCGUGUGCAGAAGAAGAAGCUAGAUGAUCAGUUCUUUAGAUUUCUUGACAUUUUCAGAAAGGUACACAUCAAUAUUCCGUUGGUAGAGGCGUUGCAGCAAAUGCUUAGCUACGCCAAAUUUCUGAAAGAUGUUAUCUCCAAGAAGAGGAGAUGGGUGGAGCACGAGACCGUCAAUUUGACGGAGAAAAUUCCCGCUAAGAUGAAAGAUCCUGGAAGCUUCACUAUAUCGUGCAUAGUGGGGGAUAGCCAAGUGGGCAAGGCACUAUGUGACUUGGGAGCGAGCAUUAAUCUUAUGCCGUUCUCGUUCUUUCAAAAGCUAAAGGUUAGGACACUGAGGCCCACCACCAUCACAAUCCAGAUGGCCGACCGAUCUGUGUCGUAUCCGAGAGGGAUUGUUGAAGAUAUACUCGUCAAAGUCAAUGACUUCAUCUUCCCUGUGGAUUUUGUGGUGUUUGAUAUGGAGGAAGACCGGAAUGUUCCUCUUAUACUAGGAAGACCUUUCCUAGCUACAGGAAAGACAAUGAUCGACGUGCAGAAGGGAGAGCUCACACUCUGA